UCUGCUACCACCUACGGUACUGCCCGUCGACAACCGCGCCCGCUCCGGCCCACGACUCACGACUUCAGCCACGACCCUGUUGCUCUCCCCGCUCCGCCGCCGUCGCCGCCUCCUGCUGCCCUCGCCCGCGUCGUCAUGGCCCCGCCCUCGUGGUCUGGGAUAACGCUGGCUCUCUGAGUGUUCCCCACGGAAGGGCGACGCCGAAAGCAGUGGCGAAGGAAGAGCACGAAGAGCGAAGACCUCGAGAGAGCGAAAGAGUCAGGAGUUAUCUCGAGCGAUUCGAAACUUCCGCGGGGCUUGUGCGUGCCGCCGCGCACACACGCUCGGAGGAAUCGGUUGAACGAAGUGCGAUCCCACUUGCCUCGGCCGACCAUGAGACUGGACAUGCAGUAACCAGCUGCAGAGUGUUUGAUGUUCCGCCACGGGGUCUGCGCGCACUUGGAACAUUAGAAACAACCGAUAAGAAGAGGAGAGAGAGAGAGAGAGAAAGGCGGGAAGGAAAAGAAAGAAAAAGGGGCUUCUGUCUUCAGGAGAGCCCGCACUCCCUCGCAAAGGGCAGACGAAGACCCUGCAGAAAGUUCUACUCCAGCGCGAUGUUCCUGCCGGCGCUCCUGCCUCUCCUCCUGACGGCGACGUCGCUCGCUCCCCGCCCUGCCUUCGCCGUCCUCCUGCCUCCUGAAGGGAACGACUACCCCCUCUACGACUUCCCUUCACUCCAGUACCUGCCACACAACUCCCUGGCGGAGUACCAGGACCCGCGGUCGUUCUCCGAGGAGGAGAAGAUGGAGAUCUCCACGAGGUCCACCUACUUCCCUCUCCCGUCCUCCUCCUCCUCCUCUGACCCCUCCUCGUCCUCCUCCUCCUCGUCCUCGUACCCCUACGCCCCCUCGUCCUCGUCCCCCUCGUCGUCCGCAUCCGUCGCCACUGUCUCUUGCACGCCGGAGGAUCUAGCCAGCAUGCUGAACAUAGACGACCUCGACAAAAUGAUCAGGAUCGUCUCGAAGGUGGAGGGAAAGAGCGCCAAGGAUGUCCUGCUCAAGCUCGCCCUCAAGCACGGACUCCACCUCAAGGACAGAGACGUCAUUCUACCCAAGAAUCGGGCCAGAGAUUAUAAGACUGGACCCCACGUCCCACCGCCCCCAGGGACCCAGAGGAAACUGCGGUUCUUAGGCCACGCCCCCCUCCUCGGUCCCGCCCAGAGUCCGCUCCUCGGAAACGCCCCUCCGCAGCGCCCGCUCCUCCACCUUCGCCGCCCACCUGUGGCUCUCUCCCCGACGUCGCCAGGGGUGGGGAGUGACGGGACUCCUCCUCGGGAUUCCUUGCUCGAUGCCCUGGCGAUCGAGGUUCCCGCGAUUUCCCCCCGGGGCGUGUCCAUGCCUCCCCGGGCGGUGUUAGUGGUCCUGAACGCGGCCAGAGAGGAAAGUGGCCAGGGACGGCGGUGGACCUCGGACCUCGCAUGGCCUCCUGGACGUCCUAAAGGAGGCCAAGUCGGUCUUCGCACUCAACAAUGGCCCUUAUCGACAAAUCCCUUUUCCUUCAAAGCGAAGAGGUUGGAAGCGGAGCGCUGCUUGGGUCUCCAGACGAUGGGGCGGGUGACUGCCAGUCCAAGCUCCGCCCUCACCAUCUCCGUUACAAGGACACGCCCACUUGCCGAGGUCAUUUGGGAAUCUGCCUGCCUGCCUCGAGUAGCCGAUCUUCUCGUACAUCGGGACGACAUCAUCGUCCUGGCACCGCGCUGACUCUCCGCGCUGCCAGACGCAAGAGUCAAAUUCUAAAACUGAGAGACAGCAGCAGUUGAAUUUUUCCCUUUUGAAUAAAUGAGUUGAGACAUAUAUUUAGCAGGUGAUUCGAUUGUGUUGUGAACCUUUGUCUUGGAUAUAUCCGAUUGCUUUUACAGGAUUAGGUCUGACUUUAUUUCCAAAGUAAGGAAGUACUUACUUAGUGGUCUGAAGGAAAUUCAGAAAUUGGAAAGAAUUUAUGUAUUGACACAUUACACGAUUUUUCUUCAGUGUAAUCAGUGUCAGCCAAGAUCAGUGGAUUGGCUGACGACGGUCUUCAAUAGUCAGUGUCCUGUAAUACCUACGGAUGGACUGAUAAAACAUAACAUAUCGAUUUACUUUCAUAAAUUUCAGAUGUAGAAAAUAAAAGUGAAACGGAUUCAAA